AUGUCUGAUCAACGCAUUUUCUCCAGAUACAAGGCAAGCGAAAUCCGUGCCGAGCUGCACCAGGGAAAUCUCAAGAAGCAUCGGGCGUCUGCUGCCAAGCGAAAGAAUGCUCUGAAAAAGAUAGUAGCUAACCUCACAAUGGGAUUUCGGUCUGAAAUGGCGCUUCUGUUUCCAGACGUUUUGAAAUUCUGGCAAAUUGAUGAUAAUCUGGAGGUCAAACGCAUCUGUCAUCAUUAUUUGGUAGCAAUGGCUUCAACUAAAGCAGAGCACUUUCAGAACGCUCUACCGCUUGUUUUGAGCGAUUUUAACGCAGGGUCCGAACAGCUCCAGAUUCUAGCACUCAGGACUCUGGCAGCUGUCCCCGUGGAAGUGUACGUCGAGGAGUGCCGGAAGUUGGUUCUUACAAUAAUCAAUAAGAGUUCGGAAUCGGAAAAGCUGAAAAAAGCGGCCCUCUAUGCUGCGCUUAAAUUGAUACAAUACGAAAAUACGCAGGCCGCUUCGCUGCUCGGAGUUUUGCAUAAAGUGCUGAGAAAUUAUAAAGAAAAGCCCACGAUACGCGCAAAUGCGCUUUACGUCUUACAUGAAGUACAGGAAACUACUAAUGCCCUGCAGAUGCUCUCAUUAGACUUUGACACUUGCAUGGACAUGCUCGAGCUUUUACCGAAACUUAACGAAUGGGAUUCAGCCCGCGUCCUGGACUCUUUAACAGUCUCCUAUGUCCCCCAAACACAUUCAGAUGCGCACUUUUUUAUCGAAAAAACCGUGCCUCAGCUACAGCAUACCAAUACAUCUGUGAUUCUCAACGCAUUCAAGUUUGUCAUUUACCUGACAAACUAUGUCGAGUUUUUGACGGAAAGUCUGGUAAAACAACUUUCCGGAUCCAUGGUUUCCUUGCUGAAUAAACCGCCCGAGCUCGAGUUCCUCGUGCUUCGAAACAUUAUUCUUCUGCUGCUAGGCAGAGACAAGCCUCUUUUGAAAGUUGACAUAUCGUACUUUUUUGUCGAAUUCAACGACCCAAUCUACAUCAAGGACACGAAACUGGAAAUCCUAUACCUUCUGGCCAAGGAAGAUAACCUUUUACAAAUACUUCAAGAAUUCAAGGAAUACGCUACGGACAUCGACAUUCAGAUGUCUCGGAAAGCAAUCAGGGCAGUGGGAAACUUGACGGUAAAGUUGGAACAGUCAGCCGACGAAUGUGUGAAUCUGUUAUUGGAGCUUUUGGACUUCGAAGCCGAGUACAUCGUUCAAGAAAUAGUUUCUGUUUUCAAAAAUGUGUUGAGGAGGUAUCCAGAGAAACAUAAACUUUGUCUCAAGAAAUUGGUACGAUUCACCGAUUGGGUGCAAGAGCCUGAGUCACGCGGCUCAAUGAUUUGGAUUAUAACUCAAUAUCACCAUCAUCUUCCAAACUAUUUGGAGCUUUUCAGAUCUUUUUCGGAUAACUUCCUAGAUGAGGUUCUCGAGGUUCAGUUUUCGAUACUGGGCUCAGCAGUGAGAUUGUUUACGAGAAACCCCACGCCCACAACGGAGAAGCUUUGCGUGGAGAUUUUGAAAAGUGCGACCGAAAAAGUAGAUAAUCCGGAUUUGAGAGAUCGAGCUUUUGUUUAUUGGAGACUUCUGUCUGCUGCGCAGCAAUCACAAAAUUCCUCUUUGGGAAUGGAUACCGUAAGAGAAAUCAUAGAUGGCGCAUUGCCACCUAUAGCGAUGAAUACCCAAUUGGAUCCUCAAAUUGUCGAAGAACUGGAGCUCAACAUUGGCACGAUUGCAUCUAUCUACUUGAAGCCUGUCAAUCAAGUCUUCAGACUGAACAAGCCGAAAUGUCUGACCGCAAGUCCUGCUUUAAAUGCUAAUCGAGAUAGCUUUGAAGUCGUCUUCAAGGGCUCGCAGAGCACUUCGUCAAGCUUAACAGGCGAUAGUAGCCAAUUCAACAAUCGUCGGCAGUCUUCUUCUCCUGUUAAAAAGAUGGAUGACUAUGACAUACCAGCCGAGACUGUUAACACGUUGAAAGACAAACGAAAGAACAGCAGCCCCAACAUGCACCUAUCACGAAAGCCGUCGAUGCUGGCUCGGAAGCUUUCUUUGAGAAAGCCAUUUGCAUAG